AUGGAUAACUCACCCCUCAACAAGCUCUCCGCCGAGCUUCGCAACCAAAUCUACGAGCUCGCCCUCACCUCCGACAAUCCCGUCAGUAUCAGCGAUGGCUCUGCCGUCCAACCACCACUUACUCGCACCUGCAAGCAAAUCAGAAGCGAGAGUCUGCUGCUUUCCUACGGCCUCAACAGCAUCACCGCUAUCAUCAGUGCCCCGACGAGGGACCCGAACUCCGACAACCUUUUCCACACCAGCGUUGACAGGAUCGUUGUGUGGGCGAAGAGCACCCCGACCGAAUGCCACCACGCUGUCACGUCUCUCAAGUUCAGCCUAGCCACGGGCCGUGACUGGAUCUUCAACAGAUUAAACUGGGACAGACGAAGCAGCGCCCUGCGUGAGCUGCGUGGCGAGCUCAAGUGUCAGGGUUACGAGAAGGACCGGGUCCUUGUGUUGGGGGAAAAGGCAUGUGAGAUCCUGAUCGCGGACCGAGGACACGUCCUGCGAACCAAGCUAUGGGAUCAAACGAAUGCCAUCAAGGCCUUCUUUGAGGACGUUGGCUUCAAGUACGAAGUUGAUGAGUAG